GCGCAAUGCUGUCGUUUCCUACGUCUGUAUUGGGUCACCGUCGAUGGUUUCGGUUUCUUUCUUCUUUCUUCUUCUUUUUUUUUUUUUUUUAUGGUAAGUGUUUGGGUUCCGAGGUGUUGUCCCAGGGUCGAUGCCGUGUUGGGUGUUCGAUCUUUUCCGAAAUUGGGAUUGGAAUCUCAGCAUGGUUUCUUGGGUUUUCGGUUCUUGUUCGAGAGACCGCGCAAUGCCGUCGUUUCCACGUCUGUAUUGGGUUACCGUCGAUGGUUUCGGUUUUUCUUUUUUAUGUUAUUUUUCCAGGUUUUUGGUACGGCUGCAACUUCCAAGUAUGAGUCUGGCAUGCCUUGUGUGCCACGGUGCUGAAAGUCCAUCACAUUCUUUUAGGAGUUAUUCUGUUUCUAGUUCAGAAAAUGACGGAAGGUGCUCCGCGAUCGCCAACUGCUUGGCCAUGAAGCCAUCUCUUCCUUUGCCUCCAACAAGAUCUGCCAUAUCGACAUCUAAAGUGACACCGCAGCCAAAUAUGCCUGCUGGAAUUACUGGUACACCACGGCUUGUACGGAGUCAUGCCGUUAGAAGGGAUAUUGUGAGGGACUGGAACUUCGAUGAGGUCGUGACUAGGAUGGAACGCUAGCCACUUCGCGUCAAAGUCAGGAUAGCAGGUGCUCUUUAUCUUGGAACUGUGUUAUACUAGUUUUCCACGUAGAUUAGCUAUGGAUAACUGUGAGUUUUCUGUGGGAAGGGUCUUCAGAAUUGCUAGUUGUAACGUUGUGACAGAAGUAAAUGCCCAACUUUAUCUACAUAUCUAGGCUUUUCUGUCUGGAUAGGUUUAAUUGUGAUUAAUAGUAUUCAUAUUUUCCGAAAA